UACAAGUAAAGUUUCUAACAAAGAGUUUUCAUAGAAUUUUUCGUAGAAUUUUAAUGGAAGUCCGAAGUAUAAUCAAUUCAUGAGAAGUAAAGUUCAUCGUUGUGUCAAUUUACGGAAACUUAAUGGGAGAAAGGAUUUGAUCGAUAAAUUCAAACGAUUUUCUGUAGCGGUAAGAGCUCGUUAAAAAUUUAUCUUUCGACAUUUAUGAACACUUUCUUGUCAUUACACAGACAACAUGUACGAUGUGUGUUAUAAUCCAGUCUAAAGCAAAUCAUUCUCCUCGUUUAAGUCUAUUUCGAAGCUAAAGAUAGCUUUAAAGUGGUUUUCUAAAAUAAUCGUUUCAAAGAAGUUGUCGCGGCAAUGCGAAUAAUAAAGUCGCGUGUACGUAGAGUCGCACUUGAAUCGAUACAAAGAUUAUUAUGUUCAGGUGGUACCCGUGCCUAAUAUAGCAGCUAGUUUUCUUUAACGCGUCAACCGAGUCGCUACAAAGGUGUCCAUUAUAAUUUCGCGAUAUUUUCACGCGAACGCAAUAGAAUAUUAAUUAACAACAGCGAAAGAUCAAGGGGGGUUGAAACGUAAGUUGGUAGGCCGCAACAAGUCGACCGUGUUCGAGGUCGUUCAUUUGAUCCUGGCAUUGGCACUAGUCUCUAGAGAGGCGUGUAUUAUUCAAACCACGAUAAUCAAUGAAAUCUUAUGGAUUAGGUUGACCCAAGUUUCCAUUUCCUCGAUGGCGACCGUAUUACACUUAAUCGGUGGCUACCCGCUCGAAUAGUAGUGCAUGGUUAAACUCGUGUCAAAGAAGAAUGUUUGCGCGUUUUGCGAACGCGCUCAGGCGGUCUUUGCCAAAAUGUGGCGGUUUCAAAAUUCCAGGAAUGGAGAAGCCCGACUCCUCCAUGGGGGACGAGAGCAACAUCGAACUCGAGGACAGAGAUCCUAACAGCCUGAACACCCACCUACAGGUGAUGUGGGACGAUGUGAUCGGAGAACCGGAAGGUAUACGGAGUCCAGAGUGCGCGUGGCGUCUCAGCGGCCACUGCUUCCGGUUGUCCAGAAGUUGCUGUUACGUGUUGCUUUCCGUUCUUGUCGCUCCUUUGCUCGCCCUUUGCUUCGGUUUCACGUUCGCCUGUCUCGCGUUUCAGCACAUAUGGUGUGUAGCACCCUGUCUCCGCGUCUGGAAGAUCACUUUUGCAGCGACGAGAAAUUUUUUCACCGCGGUGACCCAAGCCAUCAUACGACCUAUUAUGGAUUCAUUUGGCUAUCUGUUUCACAACAUUCGCGUGUCGAAUCAGAAGCUACCUGACGGUCCUGCGGAGAAGGACGACAUCCUCGUGGUGUAAAAUAAUUAACAAAGUGCCUUUCGACGAUCAGCAUUGAAAUACUUUCUCCUUUUGUCUUCGUUAGACGCAGGAAUCUCGUACUGAACGUUUCUGCAACUCUAACUAUUAAUAGUGACAGAUACUCGUUAAUCCUCGGUGAUCAUUGAAAGAAGCAUAUGACUAUAUCAAUUGUUAUAACGUUUUGUAAAUAAAAGUUGUAUCGGUGCAAA